GAGGUAGAGGUCUGUGAAGUGCUCCGGUUGGCGUCGCCAUGCAGAAGAUCAAGUCGCUUAUGACCCGACAGGGUCUCAAAAGUCCUCAGGGAGAUAUUCAUGAUUUGAGCCCGCUUGAGAACUUCAGAAUUCCUAGCAAGGAGGAACUUAGAGAGCUUCGGGAACAACCAACUGAUCCUCAGGCACAGCAAGAAAUAAUUAACAGCAUUGAAGACGUCUAUUUUUCCAACGAUUCCUUUGAUGUUGUUAAGUACGAGUUGGAGAAGCUGCCCCCCGUGUUUAGUCUGCAAGAACUGGAAGAGUACAGAGACAAAUUAAAGCAGCAACAAGCAGCUGUCUCCAAAAAGGUAGCUGACUUGAUACUUGAAAAACAGCCUGCUUAUGUGAAGGAACUUGAACGAGUGACAUCGUUACAAACUGGCCUUCAGUUAGCUGCAGUCAUUUGCACAAAUGGAAGACGGCAUCUGAAUAUUGCAAAGGAAGGUUUUACUCAAGCCAGCCUGGGCCUUCUCACAAACCAACGAAAGCGUCAGUUGCUGAUGGGGCUGCUCAAGUCUCUGAGAACAAUAAAAACUCUGCAACAGACUGAUGUACGCUUAAGUGAGAUGCUGGAGGAGGAGGAUUAUCCAGGGGCUAUACAAUUGUGCCUCGAAUGCCAGAAAGCAGCCAGCACAUUCAAACACUACAGUUGCAUAAGUGAAUUGAAUUCAAAACUGCAAGACACUUUGGAGCAAAUUGAGGAGCAGUUAGAUGUUGCGCUUUCCAAAAUCUGCAAGAACUUUGAUAUCAACCAUUAUACCAAGGUUCAGCAAGCUUACAGACUGCUGGGAAAAACACAGACAGCGAUGGACCAACUACAUAUGCAUUUUACUCAGGCCAUACACAACACAGUAUUCCAAGUGGUUCUUGGGUAUGUAGAGCUGUGUGCUGGAAACACGGACACCAAAUUCCAGAAGCUUCAGUACAAGGACCUCUGCACACACAUUACAUCAGACAGCUACAUUCCUUGCCUUGCUGACCUCUGCAAAGCUCUGUGGGAGGUCAUGCUUAGUUACUAUCGCACCAUGGAGUGGCACGAGAAAUGUGAUUGUGAUGCGUCUGCUUCACCUUCUGAUGGAAACAAUACGAUGGGUGGUGAAGAGACCAAUUUUGACCGCAGCUAUGUGAAAAAGAAAUUGGAACAUGGACUUUCACGAAUAUGGCAGGAUGUUCAGCUGAAAGUGAAGACCUAUUUGCUGGGGACUGACAUGUCUAACUUCAAAUAUGAUGAUUUCAUCUUUGUUCUGGAUAUUAUCAGCAGACUGAUGCAAGUUGGAGAAGAAUUCUGUGGCAGCAAGUCAGAAGUUUUGCAAGAAUCAGUUAGAAAACAAAGUGUUAAUUAUUUCAAGAACUAUCACAGAACGCGCCUCGAAGAGCUACGAAUGUUCUUAGAGAAUGAAACAUGGGAGCUUUGCCCUGUUAAAUCAAGCUUCAGCAUACUUCAACUGCAUGAAUUUAAGUUCAUGGCCCAGUCACGUUCUCCUUCUGUCUCACCGAGCAAGCAGCCUGCUUCAGAAAUAGAAAGAACCGUAACGCUGUUUGAGCAGUACUGUAAUGGAGGAAACCCGUUUGAAAUCCCAGCCGACAACAAGGAUGAUGAGACUGAAGAUGUCCUGGCUUCUAACGGGUAUGAGUCGGACGAGCAGGAAAAGAGUGCCUAUCAAGAGUAUGACAGCGACAGUGACGUUCCUGAAGAACUGAAAAGAGACUAUGUCGAUGAACAGACUGGAGAUGCCCCAGUGAAAAGUGUUUCCCGAGAAACCCUGAGGAUCAAGAAGCGAUCAGAUUAUUGCCUCAGCAAGGUGAAUGCACCCAUUUUAACCAACACUACACUUAAUGUUAUAAGACUUGUUGGCAAAUACAUGCAGAUGAUGAACAUCUUAAAGCCUAUUGCCUUUGACGUGAUCCACUUCAUGUCCCAGCUUUUUGACUACUACUUGUACGCAAUAUAUACAUUUUUUGGCCGAAAUGACGCAUUUGAAUCGACAGGACUGGGACUCAGCAGUAGCAGACUUCGUACCACGCUGAACAGAAUACAGGAGAGUCUCAUCGAUGUGGAGAUGUCCUCUGAUGCCACUGGAACUCUUCCUGGUGCUGAAGAAAGAAAGGAGAAAGUUCCAAGCCCACAUCUCAGUCAACUCGUCAUUCUAACAUCUGGCAGCACGCUGUAUGGCUUGGCAGAGAGAGUGGUGGCCACAGAAUCCUUAGUAUUUUUAGCCGAGCAGUUUGAGUUCCUUCAGCCUCAUCUAGAUACUGUAAUGCCUCCGGCCAAGAAACCUUUUCUUCAGCAGUUCUACUCUCAGACGGUAUCGACCGCCAGUGAGUUGCGUAAACCUAUUUACUGGAUUGUAGCCGCUAAAGCAAUUGAUUAUGAACAGAUGCUGCUCCUUAUGGCCAACGUGAAAUGGGAUGUGAAGGAAAUCAUGUCCCAGCACAAUAUUUAUGUCGAUUCGCUUUUAAAGGAAUUUGAACUGUUCAACAGGAGGCUGAAUGAAGUAUCUAGAAGAGUCCGUAUUCCCUUGCCGGUGUCAAAUAUUCUUUGGGAGCACUGUAUACGACUAGCCAAUCGAACUCUCGUAGAAGGUUAUGCUAAUGUCAAGAAGUGCAGCAACGAGGGCCGUGCCUUGAUGCAGCUGGACUUCCAGCAAUUUUUAAUGAAACUGGAAAAGCUCACGGAUAUUAGACCCAUUCCAGAUAAGGAAUUUGUUGAGACCUAUAUCAAGGCUUAUUAUCUGACUGAAAAUGACAUGGAACGCUGGAUCAAGGAGCACAGGGAAUAUUCUACCAAGCAAUUGAACAAUUUGGUGAAUGUUUGCCUGGGAUCGCACAUCAACAAGAAAGCAAGACAGAAACUAUUAGCAGCUAUUGAUGACAUAGAUAGGCCUAAAAGAUAAUCGGAGCAAGUUUCUGGUCUCGUGGUUAUUUUGGCCAGCUCUUAAUGUGAAUGGACUACUGAUGGUUAAAUGAAAACGUGCACAUCCCUUUCCUGUUGGCUUU